AACUGAAUUUAGUGGGUGAAAUUUUUAUAGGUGAAAUUAUGGUGUGACUGUCCUUUCUGGCCCGAUGACGGCAUGUGCCGGUUGCGGGACUGUAGUGUAUGUGAAUGUCCAGAAAGUGAAUUCCCUGAAUCAUUCAAGAAGCCACAUGCCUUCUCAAUGAAUGAUCUUGUUUGUCAAGAAGGUAAACCUCAGGCAGCUGUUGACCGUACUUUAGACAGUAAAGUUUUCAGAGGAUGGACAGAAAUAGACAAUCCAUGGACAAAUGAUGAUGAGACUGACAACGACGAGAUGACAUACGUGAAUCUUCAACUGAAUCCUGAAAGGUAUACUGGUUACUCUGGUGCUUCUGCAAGAAGGAUAUGGGAUGCUGUCUACUCUGAGAACUGCCCCAAAUAUCCGUCUCAAGAGUUAUGCCAAGAGGAAAAGAUUUUGUAUAAAUUGAUAUCCGGUCUUCACUCCUCCAUAUCAGUACAUAUAGCUGCUGAGUAUCUACUUGAUGAAACUUCAAAUUUGUGGGGCCAAAAUCUUACUUUGGUGUAUGAUCGAGUCCUAAAAUACCCUGAUCGUGUCAGCAAUUUGUAUUUCACUUUUCUCUUUGUGCUGCGAGCAGUGACCAAGGCUGCAGAUUAUCUGGAACAGGCAGAGUAUGAUACAGGUAACCAUUAUGAGGACCUUAAGACACAGUCCUUGAUAAAACAGCUACUUCAUAACCCCAAGCUUCAAGCUGCUUGUCCGAUUCCAUUUGAUGAAGCUAAUUUGUGGAGAGGCCAAAGUGGACCUGAGCUAAAACUGCAAAUUCAACAACAAUUUAGAAACAUCAGUGCAUUGAUGGAUUGUAUAGGAUGUGAGAAGUGUCGAUUAUGGGGUAAGCUUCAGGUUCUUGGUCUUGGAACUGCAUUAAAGAUUCUCUUCUCUGUUGAUGGUCAAGAAAACUCAAGUCAAACACUGCAGCUGCAAAGGAAUGAGGUAAUUGCAUUGAUGAACCUUCUGAAUCGGCUUUCAGAAUCUGUCAAAUUUGUCCGUGAAGUGGGACCUGCAGCUGAUAGUGUGAUGGAAGGACAUGUUUCUGCUCAUAAAACACUGAUUAACGCAUGGAAAAAAAUUUGGUCCUUUGUAUCUAAAACUUAGGCUGGGUGAGUGGUGACAGUUCUGUUUUCUGUGAUUCAAAUUACUUCAUAGGUUAUACAUAGAAAACCACUGUCAUAGUUGGGAAACUAAUGUACUUAGAGUGUCUCAAAAUGGAAAAUAAAUUGAUUGAGUAUAGGGGGAAAAUAUUAAGUGAAAGUAAUAGAAAAUAUAUUACUUGGGAAUUUGGGGUUUAAUCCCCUUCCCCACUGAUUUUGUAGUUCAA